AUGGAGGCAAUGAUGGCAGAGUUCAAUGGAAAGUUACAUGACCUCAAGACAUCGAUGCUCCUACGUGUAGACGAAUCCAACGAAGAAAUGGACACAAUACUUCUGGAUAUGCACAAUACACUCGACGAGCUUGAAAAACAUGUAUCAUACAUGUCAUCGUUUCUGUCAGAGGAAAAGGUAUCCAUUGACCUUGCUCAGGACAUUAAAUAUAGAUUGAAAGCACAACACAGAUACCUUGAGCAUUUACAAAGCAAUCUACCUAAACAUCUGCCCGGGACUGCGGAUGCGGCUAUCAGACAAGCUCUACCGAAUAAACAUGUCAAGACCAAGAGACUACAGAAAUCUGCUACCAAGACUAUGAAAAAAACACGAGACAAUGAUGACUCGGACCGAUUACCCAAAGUAUCGUAUGUGACAAUCUCGGAAUUCGAUAACGUCCCAAAAUACAUUGUGAAAAGGUUAACACGUGAAAAAAUAAAUGAAGCCAUAGACGAUAUCAAUAAAGUCUUUGGUGAAAAGUACCGAAUACUCAGAAUGAAUCCGAGUUCCAUGUCUCAGAAUAUGAAAGCUCGAUAUUGGGAAUACAAAGAAUCAUACAUUGACGAAAUCAAGGAACGACCGUAUAUAACAGAAAAAGAUCUGAAGUCGUCAAACGUUCGAAUAAAAUUCAAACCAGAUAUUACCGGCAAAACCGUCUUGGCACUGUUAAGACACAUUGGAAGAAUAAAGGAGAUAAGAGGCGGUGGAUAUACGCGAUAUGUGCUGACUGGAUGA